AUGGCCUCCCAGCAGAUCCCCGAGGAGGCUGUGGCCAUCCAGAAUGCCCUCUCCCAGGCACAGUCGGCAUCUGACUUUAACCAGACCGCCGACCAGAUCUUCGCCUCGUCGCUAGGCAUCGUGCACACGCGCACCCUGCUCACCUCGCUCAUCACCACCCUCCGCCAGCGUGCCAACCACGACCUGUGGAUCGCUGUCGGCACCCACCUACUCGAAACCCUGAACGCCUCGCCGACGUCCUCUUCCUCCUUCAUCGAGCAGACUGCCACCCUGCGCGACCUGAUCGCUGAGGCGCACGAGGCCCAGGAGGACUUCCGCGAUGCCGCCGUGGUGCUGGCUGAGAUCCCGCUUGAGACGUCGCAGCGCCGCGUCAGCGAUGAGGACAAGGCCCGCGUGUGGAUACGCAUCGUGCGCAAUUACCUCGAGGUCGACGACCCCACCGCCGCCGAGGCAUACCUCAACAAGCUCAAGAACGUCAUCUUCGCCAUCGCCGACCCGGCCCUGCAGCUGCAUUUUAAGCUCAGCCAGGCCCGCAUCAACGACGCCAAGCGCCAGUUCCUCGCCGCCAGCCAGGCCUACCACGACAUCUCCUUCAGCAGCGCCAUCGCCGACGAGGAGCGCCUGCACACCCUCGCCAUGGCCAUCAAGUGCGCCAUCUUAGCCCCCGCCGGGCCCCAGCGAUCACGCGCACUCGGCCGGCUGUACAAGGACGAGCGGGCCCCAUCGCUGGACGAGUUCGCCAUCCUCGAGAAAAUGUUCCUGGACCGCCUGGUCGCCCCCGCCGAGGUCGACGCCUUCGCCAAGGGCUUGCAGCCACACCAGCUGGCCACCACCGCCGAUGGCAGCACCGUGCUGGCCCGCGCCAUGGUCGAGCACAACCUGCUGGCUGCAUCGCGUUUGUACGUCAACAUCGACCUCGACGCCCUCGGCGUGCUGCUGGGACUCGAUGGUGAGCGGGCCGAGGACACAACUGCCCGCAUGAUCGAGCAGGGCCGCCUGGACGGCCACAUCGACCAGAUCGACCGCUGCGUCUGGUUUGACGGCGCACGCUCCAUUGCACAAUGGGAUAACCACGUACUCGGUGUCGCCGAGGAGGUCGAGAGCGUGGUCGGCCACAUGCAGAAAGAGAUCCCCGACUUCGUGUCCCGGAACCUGGUGGUGUAG